AACUAAAUUUUCCACCUGGAUUAAAAUCUUGAAGCCCUAAAAACUACAAAGCCAUUCCUUCAUGGCGUAUCGAUGGGCCCAGGUGAUAGCCAGUGACGGGGUGCGGGCUAUGAUGGAGUCGGCCCUGACAGCCAGAGAUCGGGUGGGGGUGCAGGAUUUUGUUCUGCUGGAGAACUUCACCAGUGAAGCUGCCUUCAUAGAAAAUUUACGCAAACGCUUCAAGGAGAAUCUCAUCUAUACUUACAUUGGAUCAGUGCUGGUGUCAGUUAACCCAUACAAAGACCUGGAGAUCUACACCAAGAACCACAUGGAGAGAUACAGAGGGGUCAACUUCUAUGAGGUUUCACCACACAUCUAUGCUGUGGCAGACAACGCGUACCGCUCCAUGAGGACAGAGAGGAAAGACCAGUGCAUCCUGAUCUCAGGGGAGAGCGGCGCCGGGAAGACCGAGGCAUCCAAGAAGAUCCUGCAGUACUACGCCUUCACCUGUCCAGCCAGUGAGCACGUGCAGACCAUCAAAGACCGCCUGCUGCAGUCCAACCCUGUGCUGGAGGGUGCCCCCGUGGGAGGCCACAUCAUCAACUACCUUCUGGAGAAGUCCCGUGUGGUCCAUCAGAACCACGGAGAGAGGAACUUUCACAUCUUCUAUCAGAUGAUUGAAGGAGGAGAGGAGGAUCUGCUGAGACACCUCGGCCUGGAGAGGAACACUCAACAGUACCAGUACCUGGUUAAAGAGUUGUUGAACAUAAUUGCCAGCGUGCUUCACCUUGGCAAUGUGCAGUAUGGUGAGGAAGAGGGCAACGCCUGCAUCACCUCAGAUAUACAGAUCAAGUAUCUGGCCAGGUUGUUGGGUGUGAAUGGAGCGGCGCUGACAGAGGCACUCACGCACAAAAAGAUCAUCGCUAAAGGAGAGGAGCUCGUGAGCCCUCUGAACCUGGAGCAGGCAUCUUCAGCUCGUGAUGCUUUGUCCAAAGCAGUUUACGGACGCACCUUCACCUGGCUGGUUAACAAGAUCAACACGUCACUAGAAUACCCGGAUGAUUCGUGUAAAAAUUACUCUGUCAUUGGCCUGCUGGACAUCUAUGGCUUUGAGGUCUUCCAGCACAACAGCUUCGAGCAGUUCUGCAUCAAUUACUGCAACGAGAAGCUGCAGCAGCUCUUCAUUGAGCUCACGCUGAAGUCAGAGCAGGAGGAGUACGAGGCCGAAGGCAUCACGUGGGAGCCAGUCCAGUAUUUCAACAACAAGAUCAUCUGUGACCUGGUGGAGGAGAAGUUCAAAGGGAUCAUCUCCAUCCUGGAUGAGGAGUGCCUGAGGCCUGGGGAUGCCAGUGACUUCACCUUCCUGGAGAAGCUGGAGGACACUGUGGGAGGACACCCUCACUUUGUCACUCACAAGCUGGCUGAUGGAAAGACCCGGAAGGUAAUGGGCCGAGAGGAAUUCCGGCUGCUGCACUACGCUGGAGAGGUCAACUAUAAUGUCAACGGGUUUUUGGACAAGAACAACGACCUUCUCUUCAGGAACCUAAAAGAGGUCAUGUGUACGUCUGAGAACAAGAUCCUCACGCAGUGUUUCGACCGGGAGGAGCUGAGUGACAAGAAACGUCCCGACACGGCAGCCACCCAGUUCAAAGCCAGCCUGGCCAAACUCAUGGAGAUCCUCAUGUCUAAGGAGCCGUCAUACGUCCGCUGCAUCAAACCCAAUGACUCCAAACAAGCAGCUCGAUUCGACGAGGUGCUGAUCCGUCACCAGGUCAAGUACCUGGGUCUGAUGGAGAACCUGAGGGUGAGAAGAGCCGGCUUUGCUUACAGACGGCGCUACGAGGUCUUCCUGCAGAGGUUUAUCAAAGGCUUCAUGUACCGCCACAAAGAGCGCUGUCCAGAGAACGAGUACUUCCUGGAUUAUGUGCGCUACUCCUACCUGAUGAAGCUGCGCAGGAACCUGCCGAAGAACGUCUUAGAUAAGAGCUGGCCUACACCUCCAGCUGCUCUGACUGAGGCAUCUCCGUCAGCUCUCUCAGUGACGGCUUGUUUGUUCUUCACGUGCCCAGUGAGGACAACAAACAGAAGGGCGACGUCAUUCUGCAGAGCGACCACGUGAUUGAAACUCUGACCAAGAUCGCCAUCUGUGCUGACAACGUCAACAGCAUCAACAUCAACCAGGGCAGUAUAAAGUUUGUGGUGGCUCAAGGAAAGGAAGGGAUCAUAGACUUCACUCCAGGAUCACAGCUGCUGGUGGCCAAGGCUAAGAAUGGACACUUGUCUGUGACGGCUCCUAGACUGAAUUCCAGAUGAUGGCCACUUGGAUCCAGACACAUAAGGAAGCCUUGAACUCCCCCCCGUACACCAAUCACACCAACGCAGACCAUGCUCUGCCUAAACCAAUCAGACGCCGGCUGGCUCAUGCAGCUUUGUGCUUCCAAUUAAAAUAAAUAAAAAAGAGCAAACUAAUGGAUAUA